CAGCUGGAAUCCACUUGGUAGGCUCUUGAACUUCCUUAGAAUGAGCUUCUGUCUGCAGUUCCCCAGAAGGUCUCUUUUGGAACUGCCUGCUGCCUUGUGGGUAAAGGUGGAGUCAACCGUGAUGCCAACCCCCUUAUUGCAUCAGCGCUGAUGGGGUAUCAGGAAAUCAUAUUAUUUGUCUAACUGCUUGCUAAAUUCAUUCAUUCAAUAUCUUACCCUAGGGAGGUUCAAAAAGUGAGUUUUUUUUUCAACAAAAUUUAAUCCGGCCCACUCAUGUCUUCAGUUAGUUCAGAGUGGCCUGUGUUGCCCUUCUGUUUGUUCUCUGGGGCAGAUUCCUUAUCAUUCUUCAGCAUCUUGUGCUCUCUUUUAUUUGGAGCUGCUAUUGUCUAUGAUGUCAUUUGAACUGUGAUUUUUUUUUAUGAUACAUAUCACUUCAGUGUUUAUAAAAAUUGAAUGUUGGGAUGGAAGAGGACCUAAAACUGGAGAGAAAAAUAUCUGGAUCAAAGACCCCAAUGGAUGAAAGUAAGAGGAAGACAGCCCUGGAAAUGGUCUAGGCAGCUGGAAAAAAUUGACACUAAGUGACAUUUGUAUUGCAUGAGGAGGAUCAUAUCCUAGGAAAUUCUCUUCAUUACUCAAUCAUGAAGAACCUCGAAGUGGGAUUUUGUUGUUGUACUAUAACCCAUCCUUCAGAGAGCAAAAUCAAUUUUGCACAUACAGACUGCAGGUGCCUUCCAGCUGCUGAGCCAUUUCAGAGAGUCCUGGCUGAGCUCAUGAAUGUCUGCCAGCAUGGGCUUGACAAGUUUGGGGCUAGCAUAAACAAAUAUAAGGAUCAAAAAGCCAUCAGAAAUGAAUAUACAUUCUUUUCCCUUAUGCCCUAUACAGGGAGCACUGACCUGUAGAAUACUCUGUACCUUGCAAAACCCAGAAGUAAAAGUUUGUCAUGACGAAAUAUUCUGUCCUGCAUAAAGGCCUGCUUUCCCUAGCUCUUGAACCGUUUCAGCUGUUGGAGUGCCUGCAAGAACCCAUGUAUUCUUCUAAUAAAUUCCCUCUUUUAUUAAAAAAAUUUGCAUGUUGGGGAGGUAAUAACUUGGCCUCUGUAUGAGCACCUAGACCUACCUUGGGGAUUUUCCCAGGACUCUAUGAUACAAGAUACCAUGAGCCCUUAAUGAAGAAAGCAUUGAAUGAAAUCCUCCACACCAUUGGAUAAAUACAUUAACAUUGAGGUGAAGUUCAUGUCACUGAUGCUGGUUCUUGUCUCUUAUGGUGAUGCUUCUACUCCUUAUGAUAGGUUUUCAGUUGUAAAGGAUUUGGGAAAUGUUUAGCCAUAUGUAUAGUAUCCUUGGCAUUUUUUUCCUUUUAAUGUCUCCUGAGUUCCAGCACCAAGUAACUAUCUAAGUGCUUUGCAUGCAGUAAGUAAUGUUAUUCAAAAGGUUCAGAUUAAUGCAUGCAGAUAGUUUCCUACUCAUAGGGAUGAGUUAAACAUAGCCGGAAACUGGGGGAAAAGAAACUAGGUUCCCAAUGGCAGGAAAGGGUGAAAUGAAGAAAUAAAAACUCUUGAAGAGA